UAAGAACUAAAUAUAAAUAAAAAAUAAUACAAGUGCCAAAAUAUUUAGUUUGUUGUCGACUUUUACCCUGUGUGGAGUUGUCUGACGAGUCAGAAAUAGUAAAUAAAAACAGUGACAGCCAGUGAGGAGUCCCCACAAAUAUAGAAAUGCAAACGUGUGUGUGUGUGUGUCAAUUUUAUUAAAUUCAGCUUUUCAAGAAAACAGUCAACUGUUACAUAUUAAAGUUAAAGUAUUUACAAACAUUCUUUUAAAAAACUAACAUAAUUUCAGUGUGACAUUGUGGCCACUGCCCUGUCUAAGAAUAAUGAAAGGCUAAAUUGAGUCUGUGGAACAGGCUCUUGAUACCUGUGUUGUGCAAUUUCCCGAUCCCUGUGAUAUUGGAACGUGGUCUGCCUGCCUGAGCGCACAGGGUUUGCGUGACAAGAAAGUCAAUCAAUGGAGGCGGAGACAAACACAGUAACAUCGUGAAGAAAGCAGCGGCAGAUGCAAGCUGAAUGGUAGAAACCUUCAUGUAAAUAAGGAAUAUAUGGAAACAGGAGCAGCAAUGGAAACCAUUUCAAUGAUGGGAAGUCCAAGGAACAGCAAGGAGAUGUUCUUACCAAACUGCAUGAAUGGUGUCAAAGAAGGAAACAAAUCUACCAUAGGGAUUAUAGGAAGCGGGGACUUUGCCAAAUGCUUGUCUCUCAGGCUCCUGAGGUGUGGGUACCAUGUUGUGGUUGGGAGCCGGAGCCCCAAGAGGGCUGCUGAAUUCUUUCCACAUGUAGUUGAUGUUACCCACCACGAAGAUGCAGUGGCCAAAGCUAAUAUUCUUUUUGUCUCCAUACACCGAGAACAUUACGCUUCAUUUUGGGACCUCAAGCACCUUUUAGUGGGCAAAAUCCUUGUGGAUGUGAGUAACAAUACUCGGAUGAACCAGUAUCCAGAAUCCAAUGCAGAAUACCUGGCUUCCCUUUUUCCUGAUUCGUUUGUGGUUAAAGGAUUCAACGUUAUCUCAGCCUGGGCAAUGCAGUCCGGGCCAAAGGAUGCCAGCAGACAGGUGUAUAUCUGCAGCAAUUCGGUUGAAGCCCGCCAUCAAGUCCUAGAAGUGGCUCGUCAGUUAAACUUCAUCCCUGUUGACCUGGGGACCUUGUCUUCUGCCAGAGAAAUAGAAAACAUUCCUCUUCAGCUGUUCACCCUUUGGAAGGGACCCGUGCUUGUAUCUGUCAGCCUUUCAAUCUUGUUUUUCAUCUAUUCAUUCAUCAGAGAUAUUAUACACCCCUACGUUAAGAAUCAGCAGAGCGACUUCUAUAAGAUCCCCAUAGAGAUUGUCAAUAAGACCCUGCCCAUCGUUGCAAUAACUCUUCUGUCGCUGGUAUACCUGGCAGGUCUGCUAGCUGCAGCUCACCAGAUUUAUUAUGGAACUAAAUACCGGCGCUUUCCUCACUGGCUGGAUGGGUGGCUGCAGUGCAGGAAGCAGCUGGGGCUGCUCAGUGUCUUCUUUGCUUCGGUUCAUGUUCUCUACAGUAUCUGUUUACCAAUGAGGAGAUCUGAGCGCUAUCUCUUCCUCAACAUGGCAUUUCAACAGGUUCAUGCCAACGUUGAUAAUUCUUGGAACGAGGAAGAGGUAUGGAGAGUGGAAAUGUACAUAUCCUUUGGAAUCAUGAGUCUUGGACUGCUCUCGCUGUUGGCUGUUACGUCUAUUCCUUCAGUUAACAGUGCUCUUAACUGGAGAGAAUUCAGCUUCAUUCAGUCUACACUGGGGUACGUAGCUCUGCUCAUAACUACGUUCCAUGUGUUACUGUAUGGCUGGAAGCGAGCCUUUGACCAAGAAUACUACAAGUUCUAUAUGCCACCAAACUUUGUCAUAGCUCUGGUGUUGCCUGUAACAGUUAUAGUGGGUAAGAUUGUCCUGCUGCUUCCCUGUAUGAGCGGUCGACUCAGACGAAUCCGAAGAGGCUGGGAGAACAGCCAGUAUAGAAGUGAGGUUUCAGGAGCAGCCUCCCAGGUCUCACCAGAGCGCAUUACUAUCAUGUAAGAACAGCCAGUAUAGAAGUGAGGUUACAGGAGCAGCCUCCCAGGUCUCACCAGAGCGCAUUACUAUCAUGUAAGAACAUCCAGUAUAGAAGUGAGGUUUCAGGAGCAGCCUCCCAGGUCUCACCAGAGCGCAUUACUAUCAUGUAAGAACAGCCAGUAUAGAAGUGAGGUUUCAGGAGCAGCCUCCCAGGUCUCACCAGAGCGCAUUACUAUCAUGUAAGAACAGCCAGUAUAGAAGUGAGGUUUCAGGAGCAGCCUCCCAGGUCUCACCAGAGCGCAUUACUAUCAUGUAAGAACAGUAGCGUCUGAAUUACACUACUCCAUAAAAUAAAAUGAGUUGAAAUAAACCUGACAGAAAUCCUGUAUGCCACACUCAAAGACAAAUUAACAAUGUCAGGGUAUUACUAGUCUUCAUUUUAUCAUAGUUCCUUAAAAAUGUAGCACAGUUUAUACAUUUGAGUAUUGUAUUAAUAUUUCAUAUUUCUUUUUGGUCAAAUCUUGCCCUCGGUAGUACACAGUAACUCUUGUUUGUAAAUGUUGAAGAUUGCUCUUGCCAUAUCCUACGUGUUAAACAGCAGCAAGGCUGCUGAAAUGAAAUGCUCACAGUAUUUCCACAAAGAGGUUCCAUUUCUCAGUGUAAUGAGAGGAGAGGUUCUCUGGAACACUGAAGUGGACUGUUAUGUGUAAAUAUAUCAGUAUACUCAGAAGCUAUUUGACAAACAUUAAACUGUGCUUCCUGACAAACCCGCUUUUAACUCAUAUUUAGCUGGGAAAUUGUACUGAGUGAUUUGUAAAGUCUGAAAUUCAGAGUCUAAUUAACAGAGCUGAGGUUUUGGUUUGUUCAAAGUCUGUUUUUGUGAAAAGUUAGAUAUUCAUAAAAGUGUUGUAGACUAUUGAAGAAACCAAACUCAGUCUAGAACAGUUAAAACUUUAUUUCUUAAAAGAUUUGUGCUCAAACCCAGUUUUACUUCUUAUAUUGUGUAAUCAGAAACAUCCCAAUGGCAGGAUAACUGUUUUAUUCUUUUCCAUAUCAGUGAUAUGGUCAUUUGCAUA